UAUAUGAUUAAAAAGCGUCCUAUAUAUACCAUUUUAUUUUGACGUUUUGAUUUUGCUCAUUACUUGAACUAAAUAAACAACAGUCUGCUUGAACUAACCUAACAUUAACAUGUCAACAACCUGUGAAUUCAUAUUUUGAAACAAAAAAACUUUGUUUUAAUGUCGAUAGACGAGGAAAAGCUGCAUUCAGAGGAUAACAUAACCAUGGCACAAUAUCCUGAUAUUGAUACACAAAAUGUGAGAUACCCAUUUUGUAUAGUUUGGACACCUAUUCCAUUUUUAACGUGGUUAUUCCCCUUUAUUGGGCACAUGGGAAUUUGCACCUCCAAUGGCGUAGUAAGAGACUUUGCCGGUCCAUACUUUGUCAGCGAAGAUCAUAUGGCGUUUGGGAACCCAACGAAAUACUGGCAGUUACAACCAGAUAAGGUCCCUGGUGGCCCAGCAUCUUGGGACAGAGCCAUUGCUGAUGCUGCAGACGUGUAUAAAGGACGAAUGCACAACCUGUGCUGUGACAAUUGUCAUUCGAUGGUGGCCCUUGCUCUCAACAAUAUGAAGUACAAUAAUGAAGGUGGUUGGAACAUGGUGAAUGUGGCGUUUAGAUCCCUCAUCUUCAGUAAAUACAUCAGUGUUGGUGCUUGGCUUAAAACAUGGUUGCCGUUCACCGUUUGGAUCUCGGUUCUUCUUGUUUACAUUUUAAUUCUGAAUGGAAAAAUAUAAAUUUGCUGCUGACAUUCCUUUAUAUGGUGAUGUAAAAAAAAUUGUUUCAUUGCAAUUUUAAAUUAUUUAAUUAGUAUUUAUAUUCAAGUUUGACUUAUUCUUACUGUAAAUGUAUAGAAAGAAUGGUAUUUAUUUCUUCUAACUUCAGUGUAAAUAAAAUUACAAAUUAGUUAUUAAGGAUUAAGAAAAAAAUAAAUGUAUCGUAAUUUUUAGCCUAAAAAUUCGGUGUUAGCAACUAUUUUUUAAUUUUUAAAAUAAAAAAAUUACAUCAUUAAUAUAAUGUAAUUCUGAAGUGGCAUUUUUAAGCAUCAUUAUUUAUAACAAAUAGUUUGUAUCAAUUUGUAUUUGUCGAAGUUUGAUUCAAUUCACUUUCAUUAACUGUUACUGCACAAUUUUUUUCAAUUCUGUAAUUUAUAUUAUUCAAUUCAUUCUCAUUUCCCUAUGGUUACAUCUCAUCAAUAUUUCAAAAUAACUACUUUUUCUUGUUCUUUGCAAAGUAAUGCCAGAAGGAAAUAUGAUUUAUUUUUCAAUUUACCUUGUGUAUUUUUCAACAAAACAUUUUUUGGUGCCAUUGUGUAAAAGACAAUGCUAUAUUUUAAUUUUGUAUUAUUGUAAAUGCAAAUUACGUUCUAACAUUUUCAUGUUUUAUUUAAUGAGACUUUUUUACACUUCAAGUAUAAAGUUUCUUCAAUAAUUAAUAAACUCUGUUUUUUAAUAAAUAUAUAAAAUGAAAAUGUAAUGCAAUGAAUUGUAUUUUGUAUCGAAAUGGAAUCUUGGUUAUAGACUAAUUGAUUACAGGAACUUUUACGCUUGUGUUACGAUUAAUGUUUAUUGUUAUGUGAUGUGUUGGUUUUAACAUAUCAGGUGAACGAAGAUAGCAUAAAUUCAGGAACUCUUGCAAUUAUAUGUAAUUUUUAAUUUAUUUAUAGUUUUAGAUUACCUGUAUUUGUCAGUGUUAAAAAUAUUGUUCUAAUGUAAAUUAUUGUAGAGAAACUUCUACUAGUAAUGUCAGUGCAAUGUAAUGUAAGAUUAUAUUAAAUGUUACCGUACUUUUGUUAUAAUAAAUUAUUUUUAUUA